CUCCGGUAGCCACAUUUGCAGCCUUGCCUGUCUUUCCGGGAACCUGCUCCCACCUUGCGCCCAGGCCGACAGUAAGCUGCGCAAUGGGCUCUGAGCUGGAGACGGCGAUGGAGACUCUCAUCAACGUGUUCCAUGCCCACUCGGGCAAGGAAGGGGACAAGUACAAGCUGAGCAAGAAGGAGCUGAAAGAGCUGCUGCGGACGGAGCUCUCCGGCUUCCUGGACACCCAGAAGGAUGCGGAUGCUGUGGACAAGGUGAUGAAGGAGCUAGAUGAGAAUGGAGAUGGGGAGGUGGACUUCCAGGAGUACGUAGUGCUGGUGGCUGCCCUCACUGUGGCCUGUAACAACUUCUUCUGGGAGAACAGCUGAGCCGAUCGCCCCCGUGGGCAGCGCCCUUCCCCUCCACUCUGCCAUACCUGCCCUGCUUCCCCCUUACCCCACUUUUACCUCCCCACAUUCCCACCCUUGCCCACCCUCCAAGGGCGCAAGAGUAGUGGGCCAGGCCUGCAACUCCUCUUUCAUUAAAGGCUCCUCUCUACCA